GGUUCUUCAGUGAUGAAGUUCUGCAGAUCUGCUCUCUGUGUUCUGAUCUCACUGAUCAUCACUCUUCUCUCCACUGAUUCAGCACAUACAAAACUGUCAGGUAGAGUGACGGUGAAGCUCAAUGACUCUGCGACUCUUCCCUGCUCCUACUGCUCUGAUUGGCUCAGAUGGACGGUGCAGAACCCGUUCACUGUUCUGGCUGAGUGUAAUCAGACUGCAUGCGGAUCAGCGAAGGAGGGAUUUAAUCUGCUUCAGUACGAGAAAGGAGACAUGUCCCUCACCAUCAGUAACGUAGAUUUCUGGAAGAGGAACCUGUACACAUGCCAGUGUAAUGGUGAAGACCUCUGUGAUGUUCAACUUGAGAUCGAGGAUUCACGUGUUCCUGUAGUGAAGGUGGAGUAUAAUGGUACUGCUGUUUUGCCCUGUACUGAGAGAUGUUCUGGAGUGGUCAGAUGGACGGUGUUUCACAAACGUUCUGAAACUCUGGCUGAGUGUGAUCAGACUUCCUGCAGAUCAGUGAAGGAGGGAUAUCAGAUGAUCUAUAAUCAAUACCUCCAGGGAGAUUUCUCUCUGAACAUCACUGAUGCUGAUUUCAGUAAGAGAGGAUAUUACACCUGUGACUGUGGUAAUAAGGAUAUCUGUGAUGUGCGUCUUCAGAUCGAGACUUUGAACUCCACAGUUCUUAUAAAACCUGGAGAUCCUCUGUUUCUGGAAAUGGACGUGACGGACCCAGUUAAGGUGUAUUAUAAUAAUAGUGAUGGUGUUGGUCUGUCACGUACUCCGGUCUGUACAGUGAAUGAGCUGCGGUGUAAUAAUAAUUACUCUCAGAGAGUGGUCUCUGCUGUACAGCUGAAGGAAAUUAAGAUGUCUGACAGCGGAGUUUACACCAUCCGCGACUCCAGCAACGAACACGCGAUCCAUGUCUACACAGUCUCUGUCCAAGACAACCCACAGCCACACCCACACACAGACCCGGAUAAAGGAGCGGCGGUGUCGGGGUGGGCGUGGCUGUCAGUGGGCGUGAAUGGGCUGCUGGUUCUGGUCCUGAUUGGGUUGGUGGUGAUGAUGUCUGUGAGGAGGAGUAACACAACGGAGUGUUUCCUGAUGAACAAAUUACCAGCACGUGGAGAAGAAGAGGAAAUUCUGUCACAUGACCCCUAACUUUCAGAGGGUGUUCCCUUUCUCAGUCUUCUCCUCUUUUCUAUUUUCACUCAAAUACAGAUCUUUAUUAUAGACCCGCCCAUCUCUGACUGGUGUAUUCUUUAUUCUGUAUUCUGGAUACAACAUCUAAACAUUAACACUGACAUUUACUGUAUUACUGUAUUUACUAUAUUACUGUUUCACUUAAACUUCAGAUCCUGUAUCAUGCUGCAUCUCCAUCAGCAGCCGGAGUCUGAGAGAGAGAGUACAGUUGGUGAUGCUCUCUCUGGGUGGGUACACUCCGACUGUAAUAUUGGUCAGGACAGGCAUCUGUUAGCUGAUGUUUCAGAGCUGGGGAUCCAGCACUUUCCUUUGAUGCUACAUGCGACAUUUUGGAAAAGGGGCAGAGUCUGACUUCACAUGUAUCGGAGGAGACAGGCACUGGUCCUCAUUCUCCUAGUGUCAGAGCAUUACUAAUGAUAAGGAUGAGUCCUGAUAAAUGGGUGGGGUAAAUACAAUUAGAUUUGUCAGAUUUGCUAGACUUGUUUUAAGGAGAUUUUGUAAACUAUAUUAAUGUCAUUUUAAGAGCAUUUCGUGACACAGAUGAUAUAA